GAAAGUGCAACAUAAUUUGUACCAUAAUGAAUAUCGACACAGACUAUUCUUGGUAUUUCUUUAGUUGCCUCAAGUGUAGCAAAACUGCCUAUAAGAUUCCAAAGGUUGAAAAUGAGAUUGUCAAGAAAGGCAAGAAAGAAAUGUUUUGGUGUCCAACAUGUAAGGAAGACACUCCUAAGGUGAUACCAAGGUAUCUUUUAAACGUUGGAGUGAUGGAUAGCACUGGAGACACUAAAUGUCUUAUCUUUGAUAAAAGUGCACAAGAGAUAAUCGGUGUGUCUGCAGAGGAUUUGCUGGAAGGGAAGUGGGAUGAGGUAAACAAAUUUAUUGUUAAUAUGUAUAUAGACCAUAUUAUUCAAAUAUCUUAUAUACUUUUUUCAAUCUAUCAUAACAGAUUCAGGAUCCUACAAACUUGCCUCAGCCAAUCAGAGAUUUGGUUGGAAAGACUUUCCAGUUUCUGGUGACUGUUGGAAAGGAAAACAUCAAUGAAACUGAUGAUACCUACAAGGUUUCAACCGUUUGGCUGGGUAAUGAAUCUGACAAUCUAGAUACUAUUGAAGAUUCUGACCAGCAGACUGACCAACGUAAUGACCUCUCUAUUGAUCAGGUAAUGUUAGUAGGUGCAACCAAAAUCAAUCUAUCAAAAAGUUAUUCAAGUUUAUCACUAAAGGGCUGGAUCGUGUUUCAAUUAAA